AUGAGAUGUAAAAAGUCGGUGAAUCUUAAUAUGCCAUCGGGCCAUCCUUCUGCAGAGUUUGACGUUCUUGGAGUACCGGUUAAUGUCCUUGAUGAAACGGACCACAUUUCAGAAGGGAAAAUAGGCUCGUGCCUUUUCGGUGUUCUAUUGUUGAGAUACCGAAUUCUAAUUGUAAUUCUCGUAAAAAUAUGCAAUUUAACAAUGAACAGCAACCUGUAUUGUAAUUCUCGUAAAAAUAUGAUACAGGUUGCUGCUCAAUGUUAA